CUUUUCAGCUCUUGUAAGAUCGUCGGACACAAACGACAGGUAUUACAGACGCUCCGGGUGCACUCACUAUAGCUCGAUGGCUGUAAAUCCGGCUAGGAAACUUCAAAACGAUCCUCCUAAUUACCUGAAUGUAGAGAAGCCAAAGAAAAUCUCUCCAUCGCCUGCCCGAGAUGUUCAGUACAGAGGAGCGUUCAGGCUGGCUGGAGUGUGCAUCGGUCUGAUGUGCAUCGUGCAGGGAACUCUCAACGUCGUCCUGAGGCUGUACUUUACGUCUCAGGUGGAUAUGGAGCUGUUAGCGAUGAACUGUAGUAAUCACACACUGUCUACAGACGCAGAGCACCUCCAGAGCAGGUACAAUAACCUUGUUGAGGAGAACCGCCGGUUACAGACCAAGAACAUCGAGCUGGGUGAAGUGAGAGAUCAGCUACGGAAUGAGAGAAAUGAACUCCAGAACAGACUUUCCAGCAUCGUUACGGAUAUCGGAACGCCGGGGUGGACCUCCUUCAGGUCCAGUCUUUACUACAGGUCUACUGAGGAGAAGAGCUGGACUCAGAGCAGACAGGACUGCAGAGGCAGAGGAGCAGACCUGGUGAUCAUAAAAAGCAGAGAAGAACAGGAUUUCAUUGAGAUGCUAAGAAGAGGAAAGAGUGCUUGGAUUGGUUUGAGUGACCGAGACACAGAGGCCGUGUGGAAAUGGGAGGACGGUACACCACUGACCACUGUCUUCUGGUGGAGUCGGGAGCCCAAUAAUAAUCAAGGAGACGAGGACUGUGUUAUGACUGGUUACGAUCCAGGAGACGGAAGAGAAGUAACAGAUAUCUUAAACACAUGGAAUGAUAAUUCAUGUUCUGUGAGUUUAUCUUGGAUAUGUGAGAAAGCAAUUUCCAUUUAAGUCUCGGCGAGGGGGAGGGUUUUAGAUGUGAACGUGGAGCUCGUUGAGAAGCGCACAAACACGAUGCAAAUACUUUCUCUUGGUAGCGUACGUCUUUAGCUACCAUCUGCAUAUUAGUACACAUUUUCAUGAGCGCUGUCAUGACAUUUUCUUCUAUUUUCUGCAGUUGACUCCUUUUGUACACAUCUGAUGCUGUAUGCUAGACAUGUCACUGUACUUCUGAAUUCUUGCUUCAAAAUAAAUGCAAUUUAUGGCUUA